AUGAGUGCCGCCACAACAAGCAGUCCGCGGGCACGAUGGAAGUACCUGGACAACUUCCUGACUCGCAAAGGACCAUUUACAGACGAGGAAGCCUUCAUGGCUGGCGAACAGGUCAUCGAGUACCUAAGUAAUCUUAAAGUUCUUGUCAUCGGAGCCGGCGGUCUGGGUUGUGAGAUCCUCAAGAAUCUUGCCCUAUCAGGAUUCAAAGACAUACACGUUAUCGAUAUGGAUACCAUUGACGUCAGCAACUUGAAUCGACAAUUUCUCUUCCGCGCCUCAGACGUGGGGAAGUACAAGGCUGAGACUGCUGCUGCUUUCGUCGAAAAGCGUGUAAAGGGCGUUAAGAUCACUCCUUACUGUGGCAAAAUCCAGGACAAGGACGAGAGCUACUACAUGCAAUUCGGACUCAUAGUAUGUGGUCUAGAUUCCAUCGAGGCAAGGCGAUGGAUCAAUGCAACACUUGUUGGUAUGGUGGAUGAGAAUGAUCCGGACUCAAUGAAGCCGUUGAUCGACGGAGGAACAGAAGGCUUCAAAGGCCAAGCCCGUGUCAUCUUCCCAACCAUGACUUCCUGUAUCGAGUGCCAGCUCGACAUGCAUGCUCCUCGCGCUGCAGUGCCUCUGUGCACACUAGCUACUAUCCCACGUCAACCACAACAUUGUAUCGAAUGGGCGCACAUAAUCGCCUGGGAAGAAGAGCGUAAAGACAUUACUCUCGAUACCGACGACCCAGAGCACAUUACCUGGUUGUUCAACAAGGCAUCCGCCCGAGCUAAAGAGUUCAAUAUUGAAGGAGUUACCUAUAGCAUGACACAAGGUGUCGUUAAAAACAUCAUCCCGGCUAUUGCGAGUACGAAUGCCAUCGUGGCGGCGAGUUGCUGCAACGAAGCAUUCAAGGUGGCAACGAACACUGCCCCGUUCAUGGGUUUCCCGGGCACAGACAACUACAUGAUGUACACUGGCGACGACUCCGUAUACACAUAUACCUUUGAGCACCAAAAGAAGGACGACUGUCCCGUCUGUGGUGCUGGCAACAUUGCUCGUCCUCUCCAGAUUCUUCCUGGUAUCACGCUGCAGGAGUUUAUCGAUGGGUUGGCAGAGCGGCCUGAAGCGCAACUCAAGAAGCCCUCUAUCCGUACGGGUGAGAAGUCGCUCUACAUGCAGCUCGCAGGCCUCGAAGAGCAAACACGUCCUAACCUAGAGAAGAAGAUGAUCGACUUGGUCGAAGAGGGUGAAGAGCUGCUCAUCACAGAUAGGAGCUUCCCCACACAGUUCAAGUACAAGGUCGUGUGGGCUUCCAAAUAA